CGCGAGCGGCAGCUCUCGCUGCUCGUGUCGGCGCUCGCCCGCUGCGGCCCGGUCGGCAUCAAGUGGGGCCAGUGGGCCUCCACCCGGUACGACCUGUUUGAGGAGGACUUUUGCGAGGCGCUCGGCACGCUCACCAACGCAGCGCCCGCCCACGGCUACGCGCACUCGCGCGCCGCCAUCGAGGCCGCCUUCGGGCAGCCGCUCGGGUCGCUAUUCGACUCCUUUGACGAGAAGCCCGUCGCGUCGGGCUCCAUCGGCCAGGCACGGCACGGCACGUUCAGAGACGCGUCCAGAGAGCGUGCAGAGACACGCGGCGACGUGGUGGCAGUCAAGGUGCAGCGCCCGAACCUCGGCAAACCUCGGCGAACCUCGGGGAACCUCGGCGAACCUCGGCGAACCUCGGCGAACCUCGGGUGGGUGUCCGUCGCCAGGUGCAGCACCCGAACCUGGCGGAGCGCCUCUCGCUCGACAUCGGUGUGGGAACAGGCCGAGAACUUGGAGCGCUUCGCGGCCAACUUUUCGUCUGCCUUUUGGCGCGCGCUCGUCUCCUUCCCGCGCCCGAUCGCCGGGCUCGUCUCGCGCGAGGUGCUCGCUGCUCCUCGGCUGCACCUCGGCCGCACCUCGGCCGUUGCCGUACCGUUGCCGUACCUCGGCCGUACUCGGCUGUGCGGCACGCAGGCCUACUUCAAGAUGCUCAUCUGGGACAACUACAUCCACGCAGACCUCCACCCGGGGAACCUCGGCCUGCUCGCUCGCGUGCAGCGCUACCUCCUCCUCGGAGACUUCACGCCGACCGCGCCGCACAUCGUCUUCCUCGACGCCGGCCUCGCUGCCUCGUUCGACGAUCGCAUCUUCGGCACGGCGCAGUCCUUCUUCGACGCCGUCACGCGCACCGACGGGCCCGCCAUCGGCAAAGCCAUCCUCGGCCUCGCGCCGACGCAGCCGUACGGCGGCCGCGAGGCCUUCAUCUCUGAGGUUGCGGCAAAGUGCACGGCGCAGAAGGAGGAGAUGGACCGCGGGGAGGGGCGGCCGGGCGACAACAUCCGCGCCUACAUGGACUCGGUCCGCUCGCACCGCGUCGUGCUCGACCCGACGGUGAUGGUCGCGCUGAUGUCGAUGCUCGUGCUCGAGGGGUGGCAGUACCGGCUCGACCCGGCCGUCUCCAUCUUCCACUGCCUCGAG